GACCACGGAACAGUGAAUUUGGAAGAGCAAUAUUAUAAAAAGAGGCACGUACACGCUGCCACUCUCUUGUGCUCUUCAACCAAUGUUCUUUUUUGAGCACAUUUAAACAUACAAAGAGGGUUGCACAACAUACACAACUUUCUCUCUCUCUCACUCUCAAACACACACACACACAAUAGGUAGAGAGAGAAAAUGGAGAAGGGGUUUGGGCUGAGCCACCUGUUCAUGACGGUGUUCCUCUACUGCUUCGCCAACUUCAUGGUGGUUCCGGCCAUCACCGACGUCACAAUGACCGCCCUUUGUCCCGGCAAAGAUGAAUGCUCUUUGGCCAUAUAUCUCACCGGCGCUCAACAAGCGAUAAUUGGUCUGGGAUCACUUGUGGUGAUGCCUUUGGUGGGGAAUCUCUCCGACACGUAUGGAAGAAAAGUCAUGCUCACUGUCCCCAUGACACUUUCAAUUUUUCCACUAGUGAUACUGGCUUACAGGAGGACAAAAUAUUACUUCUACGCUUACUAUGUGUUCAAAACUCUAAUUUCCAUGGCUAGUGAAGGAAGUGUUCAGUUUCUUGCUCUUGCAUAUGUGGCAGACAAUGUUCCAGAGGGCAAAAGGGCUGCAGUGUUCGGAAUCAUGUCGGGCUUUUCUUCGUCUUCGUUCGUUUUCGGCAAUUUUUCGACUCGUUUUCUCUCGACUUCCGCAACUUUUCAAGUUGCUGCUGCAAUGUCGGUUAUCGCGUUGUUUUAUAUGAGAGUGUUUCUCCCCGAAUCGAUGAUGAGUAAUACUAAUUGCACGAAGAGCACGGAAGAAACUGUUUGCCUUCUCGAGAAAGCUCCCUCGAAAAAAUGGAAUCUUUUCGAUACUCUGCCUUCGAUGGAUGAUACCAUUUGCUUGUUAAAAACUAGCCCCACAUUUUCGAAAGCAGCUGUGGUUGCAUUCUUCAUCAAUGUCGGAGAUGUUGGACUCCAUGCUUCUUUGAUGUAUUACUUGAAGGCUCAAUUUCACUUCAACAAAAAUCAAUUUGCUGAUUUGAUGAUAAUUGCUGGAAUGGCUGGAUCGAUAUCGCAGCUGAUUCUCAUGCCCAUAUUAACGCCAUUAAUGGGAGAAGAAAAGAUGCUUUCUCUAGGGCUCUUUUUCAGCUUUGCUCAUAUGAUACUUUACAGCGUCGCUUGGGCACCUUGGGUUCCUUAUGCUGCUGCAAUGAUAUCAGUUCUCGCGACUUUCGCAAUUCCAUGCCUACGAAGUAUUGCAUCCAAACAAACAGGACCUAGUGAACAAGGAAAGGCUCAAGGGUGUAUUACAGGCAUAUGUUCGUUUUCGAACAUAGUCUCCCCUCUCGCUUUUAGCCCUUUAACAGCUCUGUUUCUAUCGGAUAAUGCACCGUUUUACUACCCUGGAUUCAGCAUUAUGUGCUCCGGCUUAGCUGCUAUGGUAGCGUUUGUACAAAGCGUGAUGAUAAGGCCUCCUCCGCCUCCCGCCAAAGAUAGCAGUUGUAGUAGUACCGUAGAGCCGCUCGUUUGAAUUAAACUUGUUUCUGCUCUAAAUUAUAGCCCCAAUGUUAAUAUUAUUAUCGCCGAUCAAUUAAAAACCUCGGAUAUAGCUAAAGAUCAAGCAGAAGUCUAGAUUUUAUCGAAGGUAACCUAUAGUUUAAAUUUCAAUCUUCUGUUUUUUUUUUUUUUUGCCAUCUCUUUGGAGUAAUCUUUGGAUUAUUGUCAAGAAAUGGUUGUUAGGAAAUGUGUAAAGCAGUGGAAAUGGAAGAAAUUGAUGAUUGUAUUGUAAAUAAGAAUAGUGGGGGGUUACAAUUGUAAUUUGUAAAUUUAUUCUUAUAAUCAAAUUAAUAUGUCUCGUAGGAAAAAAA